AGGAAGUGUUUGUCCCUGAACAAUAAAUACUGUUGGAGAAUGAGAGUUGGACAAGGACAAUUAGGAAUCUGAAAUACAAGCACAUAAAAUAAUUGGUGACUGGGUAGUAAAAACUUUCCUAAAGAUGGAGGAGACAUUAAUGAAUAUAACUGAAACAAGACAGUCCAGUAGAUUUGAUGUGAUCUGUGUUUCUCUGCAGUCCCAAGUUCAGUGCCAGUGACUACAGCCCCCACUUCUGGUCCAGGGACUACCACAGACAUCUCUACUGGUCCGGUGUCUAACAUAGCCACCACUACUGAUCUGAUCAACGUGACGGCUUACGUGAGGGAUCUGGAGAGAGCCAAGCAGGACCAGGCUGGGAUACCUGACAGACACAAUCUGACGGCGGCUAAGGCAGACCUGGAGAAGGUGCUGGUCGUCAGGCCCUGCCUACGCACAUACCUGGAGAUGGGACAGUUGAGAGGAGUAGAGGGCUGAGUCAUGAUGGCUAGUGGAAGUAGUAUACUGUCGGUGUAUUACUACAUGGGCGUGGAUGCCGUCCAGGAGAGUCUGCUGGUGGACGAGGGGGCUUUGAACAACGCCCUGGUGAGUCUCUCCCAGGCCCUGGAGUGCGACCUGGGCGACAGCCUGCCCGACCUCCACCUCCUCAGGGGGCGCUGCCUCCUCCUGAAGGGCGAGGAGCAGAACGCAGCCGACUGCUUCAAGAGGGCCCUCGAGCUGGAGCGUCCGGGCAGUGGGGACACGUCUGCUCUGCGCUGUCUCCUGGAGGCCCUCCUGGCCCUGUUUGCCCAGAGCGGCCCCGACCCCGGCCCCGCCAUCAGCCAGCUGGAGGUGUGGGUGCGGCGAGCCGAGGAGAGGUACGCGGAGGACGCGGUGGAGGCCGAGCUGAGGUAUCUCUGUCGGACGCACACGGCCGAGGUCACAGAACUCUCCAGGGCUCUCAUCAGGGGAGGGAGGCUUGACCUUGUGAAAAGGCUGCUCAAUACUGUGCAGCCCAACCGCACUGCCAGUAAGAAAGUACUGGCAAGGUCUAUGUCUAUUUGAAGAGGGAUUCGAUCUUUCACCAAGAAUGGAAAAUAAUCAGUUUCUCCUCCGAUGAAUUGCAAUAAAUAUGUUGGCCAUUACAAUGUUCCCUAGGAGUUUUUUCAUUUUCUAUAAAAGAAAAGAAAU